AUGGCGGUCAGAGCGAGAAUCUACAGCGCCAAAACGGUAUGUGGACGAGGUUUGCUGGAAAUGUCAUCCCAAAAGAUAAAAAUAUCAAAAACCGAUCGUAAACUUUUUCCUGUUGUUGUGAGAGACAUGGACAACAUUGAAAAGCGAGUGAAAAUUCACUAUGUGGAAUAUAGCGAACGGUACGGCGAUUGGCGGCCAUGCGAUACUGAGGAUAGCAACCCUCCUUUUCAGUGGGUGGAAUCUCUUCGUACUCCUUCUAGUACUUCUCUUGAGGACCCUAUGGAAUUAGUCCAUGGAGAACUGUAUCGUGAAAUAAAGAGAAAAUUAUAUUCUGGCCAAAAGGAUGAUCCAGCAACCCGUGUUGAAAUUCGAAUUGAUCAGGAUGUGUUUGAUGAAGGACUGGCAUUAGCAGGGAAGCCAAGUAAAGAAAGAGGGAAGACUGUCUAUCGAAUCGACUCCAAUGAGGCUUUAAAGCAUUCGCUGGGAAUCAAAUGGGAUGAACGCAUUUUCAAUAAAAGUGGUGAUUUUGCAUUUGUCAUUGAGAAAACUGUGCGUUUCUGGUUGUCUAGAGAGACUGCCAUCCAAGAAUUUAAGGUAAUAGGGGGAAAAUACAUUAGAUCUGAAAUAGAGGACAAUUUAUGAGUAGUAUUUACUUUUGUAAGGGGUAAUAGAAAUAAGCAUAAUUAUGCUACAAGAAACUGAUUAUCUUUAUUAAAUGUCUUCAUGUUUUUCCAUUCCUCUUGAAAAAAAUCAUUUUGCAAUUACAUAAUAUAUUAUAUUAUUAUAGUAUACAUAUAUCUAUAUACCGACAUGACAGGGCUGUCAAUAAGGGGCAUAACCCAUAACACUCGGCAGCUGAGUUAGUUUGAUUUUGACUGGAUAUGUAAACUGAUGGUUACUUUUAGCAAAGAACCUGCUAUCAAUAGUAUUGUUAUGGAUGAAACAUUAAAUGAUUUCCAUAAACUCACUCCAUAGCUGCUGCAGUUUUUCUAUAUUCUGGUCACCUGGCAAAAGGGAAGGGAAGUCAAUGUUUUGCAUUACAGUGAGUUUUUGCUGGACCAGUUCAAUCUCUUAGUCCAGCUUUUUUGUAUCUUUGUUGAUCCUCCACUCAAAAGAAAUGCCACGGUUCGUCAGGAAUGCUUCAUACCCGGCCAUAUGCUUAAACUUCUUUUGGGAAAACCCAUGUGGAAAUGUUGCCUUGUCACAUGCAUCCUUUCUCCUCAAUUCUCUAAUUAAAAGUUCAGUCAAGUUAUCAGAUAGGCGAAGAAAUAAGUGUAAAGUAUCAAUAAUUACAUGAUCAAGUGGUGUGAAGCUAAAUAAAGGAGUUGCUUUGCAGUUGAGCUGUUUUGAAGUAGCAAAGUUGGCAAUUUCCUCCAGUGAUCUAGCACCCUGGUCACUAUUGCUAAGGGACCAUACUGUUUGGAUGUCAGGCCUCUGAUUGCGAGGGCAUUUGGAACAAAUACGUGCAUGAUCCUGGUUAGCUGCCCCUAACCCACAUACACAUGCUAAAAACUUCCAAUCCGCACCCAAGAAGUAUUCAAUAUUAUAGUGUUUCCCUCCCACCUUAACCUUACUUAAUUUAGUCAUUUUUGCUGUUGCUGUUAACUAAUUUUAGUCUCUCCCCAAUGCAAGUCCCAUCUGCCCUGAUCUUGACCCGGAUGACAUCCUCCUCUACAUCUCCUUUUCUUUGCAACCGUGCAAUCUGUUCCUCAAGGCUUUCUUUGAAGCUUGUUUGCACGCCUUCAGCAUCUCCAGGUUUUUUUUUUGUCUUUUUUAAUUUAUGGCUCUGGACUAUGAGUUAACUUCUGGGAUAACAUAUAAUAAUUAAGCUUAAUCUCUUUUGAACCAAUUAAGCUUACUUACUUGUUGUUACUGGAUGUAAACGAAGGCAAUGAAUGGCCCAUAAAUUCUGCCUUCGGACCAUCUGAUCCUUCUCCCACGGCAGUCAUGGCCACGCAGAAUACAAGUACCAAAAACAGUGAAAGACCUACAACUUAAACAGCCAUUUGCCCCAUCGAAAUCGGUCGAAACCUAGGCAAAUUAAAUACCAAGACAAAGGAAAUUUUCCGCUCUAUUGGAAUUACGCAGUAAAAAUGGGACCAGCGCAUGCACACACGAGUUCUGCCCCAGUCUUAAGCGCCAACCGUGACAAGAGCUUAAAAUUGUCUGUAAGUAUUGCAAAAUUGGGAUUUGGAAAAUUGCAAUUUGCCCCAUUGAAUUUUGCAGCUAUAACUUUCAAAUGCAUCUUUGAAAGUAGCUUUAUUGUUCUUUUUUAAGAAUUCGUAGGUAAAAAUGUUCGCUUUUUACACGUCUUUGAGUAAGCGAGCAAAAUAUUCAAAAUUGUGCAUGUUUUUGACUGACCUAGAGUCAGACACUCAGUUGGGGCAUGAUCACCGGAACUUGAUAGAGGCUUUUGUUUACAGUGAGUUUGAUAUGCUUACCUCUUCAAAGGUGGAAUGUACUGCAAAGUUUAUGAGGUUGCUUAGCACGUGUCCUCCAAGACUGGGUUCACAGAUGGAACCCUGUGGCAAUUGAUUCUUCUCUAAGUGGAGUUUUUGGAACUUUAUCACACAAGGGGUCACCAUGCUUGCGAAGUAGUUGAUGACAUUGUUGCUUCACCUGAAAAUAUAUCACAGAUCUGAAACGAGUUGUUUUCAAUGUUAAUAGUAGCUUACGAAAUUGGUUGUAAUCACAACAAGCUAGAUUAAUUAUCAUUUGAGGUGGGUCACCAAUACUCCUAUACAAAUUACCUAAACGUGAAAUUAUUGAGUCUUUCUAAAAUAUAAAUUUAGGUAAGAGAAGAAGAAGAAGAAGAAGAAGAAUACUUUAUUUAUCCACGGUUGUCUCAUCAGGCAUAUCUAUAAUAAUUAAUUAAAAUUUAAAAUUUAAAAUUACAAACAAUUUUAUAUAUUACUACUUUACUUAUUUACAAAUAUAAAGUAUAAAAUAUAAAACCCUGCUUUCCACGAGAGCCGUGCAUUACUAAUCUAAAAACUAUAACUAAUUGUAGUAAAAUGACCCGACUACCGCAGCCCGGCUUUGAAGCUUUCUAGUGUUUUUGCUUGCCGUAACCCAGCUGGCAGACUAUUCCAAAGCACCGCACCAGUAUAGCUAAAGCUAUUUUUCAAGUAGUUUGUGCGGGGCUUUGGAAUAUUUAGUUUUCCCUCGGCGUCUCUCAGGGAGUAUACGGUGUCACGGUAUAUAAACAUGGAUCGCAUAUAUUCAGGAGUGAGUCCAUUUAAAGAUUUGUAAACCAUGACAGCCUUAUGAAAGCUUCUUUGUCACUCUAGUUUUUGCCAGCCAAGAAUUUCAAUAAGGGGAUCGGCACUAGCGUCAUAGCCAGAAAAGGUUAAAACCCUAGCUGCUCUGUUUUGAAGCUUUUGUAGCUUGAGUGCUAGGGUGUUGCAACAGCUAUCCCAAACUUCACAGCAAUAGUUGACAUGGGGCUGAACUAAUGAGUUAAAUAUGGUCAUUAAGGUGUUUACAGGGACAAAAGGUCGUACACGUUUGACAUUUGAGAUUGGCAGAGAAAGACAAGCAAGUCCGUACACGAUAUGCUUGUCAGUUCGAAUAAUAUUGGCAAUAAAUUUUUGAACAAAUUUCUGAUAUUGUACCUGUUUAGCAUACCACAAAUUAAUGGCAUAAGAUGUAACGACAUCACCCAUUGUUCCGUCGAGAAUGGGAGCAACAGUGUUAAUGAAUUCAUCAGUUACAUCAUUGACGCCUCAUGUGGAAAACAGAGAACCAAGUACAAUCUAUUUGCCAGUUGCUGCCGAAUGAUUGCCAGGGUCUAGUGACCUCUUGAACUCCAUGUGUGCACAAAUUUCUUCUGGUGUUACACCUCUGAUAGACUCCCCAGUAAAGGAGAUGUAGACUAUACGUCUGACUUUUGUGCAAGAUGUAUCCAGGCAUUGGAGGUUAAAUAUAUAUUACACACCAACUAUUUCUUGGAUUAAACCAAAAACGAUUCACUAGAAACCCAGGGGCUAAUCAAUAAUCUAAUACACACCCAAUAAGCUUAAAAUGGUCUGUGCAAAACGAGGUGUGAUUCAUGAAAUUUUAUAGCAGAACUCCAUGCACUUCGCAAGCAAGAGUAGCCGAAUAAGGAGUACCAGGGAAGGGACAUUUCCGUAUCUGGCCCAGCCCGGAAUGUGCCACAGAACAGGAUGUGGUCACAAGGUGAUCAUCCCAGCUGUGUAAGACAUUGUGAUAUUACACUCAACAUUCGAUUUCAUACAUUUACUGUAAUUCAUGAUGGCCGCUCUCGGAUUGAUUGAACAGAUUGGUAGAAGUGCUUUACAUAAAACAGAACAAGUUUUCACCAUUUGAUCCCCAAAUAUUGGUUUAGGUUAAGAAAAACAAAUAGAUGAGGCAACAAUCAAGUCACGCUGCCUUCACCGCCCCCGCCCCCUCAGAAUACUGCAGAGCAUUUCCCCACCUCGACAUGAGAAGAGAUCACCAGUAGCAAAUUUUGCAGGCAGCAUUUUGUGCUGAACUGCAGGUUGUUCCAUGGGGAAUGGCCGGAGAAGCCUGAAUUGCCAGCAUCUGUGAGGACUCAUCCAUCAAGGAAUUAACGACUGGCGAAGGGUGGAAGUGCAUUGGCCCAUUCUUAUGUGGACUAGUCUUCGGCAAUGCUUGUAUGAACACAACCUAAUUGAUCCAAAAGAAGAGACUCCUGAGGAAAUCCAAUGCAUAGGAGGACAACUAUGUCUAACACUUCAUUCAGGGAAUGCCUGUAAGUCAGAAACAUCAAACGUUCUUUGACUAUAGUGUGGCGCAAAAAAAGCAUGUCUUAGUUCAUAGUUAUAUUCUAGCACAGGCUGAUUGUUAUAUAAUGUUUGAAGUUUGCUAAAUUGAUCUCUUAAAAGGUUUUGUGGUUUGCCCCUUCUUUUAUGCACCACACCAUCGAUCAUUUUCUCUAACAAAUUAAUACGUCUACAAUGAAUGCAUACUGGUAGUUGUCUAAACAGUCGAAAUGAAAUCCAAUCAGUUGAAGGAGAAACUGGUCUUUGUACGAGAACAGUAAAACAUUGCCUGUAACAAAUCGAUACGUUUUAAAGAUUGAAGCAGACAUGAAAUAGAGAGCGUUGUUCAUAUUGCGAGACUUGAAUCAUUUCAUCCAAUUCUUGAAACACGUCUUUAAUUGAAGUAAGUAGAGACAUAGUUUUACAGGCCAAUUGCAGCGAAUCAAAUCAUGUAGAAUCGAAAUCUCAUCCAUUGCCAAUCUAAAAAGAAAUUUUUUAAGGGAAAGCGAUUUGCCAAAUGUGCGGUAAUGUUCUUAUGUAAGGUAACACAUACCUGAACUUCACUCGAUGCUCUUCUCGGAAUUUGUCUCUCAUCUGUUUAUAGUCCAGUGCUUAAAGUUCUUUGGCUAUGGGAUGGUGUGCUGGAAGACACAUCUGCGCCUGUUUACAAGGGAAAGGAACAGCUUGUAGGGCUAAUUCUUGAAGAGUUCUUAUCUUGGCGUAACGUAACAGCAACAACGUGUGUAUUCACUCAAAGACUAAAUGCUAACUGACCAUGAAGCGUGCUCUCUUAUCCCUACCCUACACAAUAGGUGGACGUGAACGUGUGGUGGAUGAAAACACAUCCCCUUGGUUUUACUAUCUUUCAUAUCUUUAACAACCCUAUUUGUAAAUUUCUUAUAGAGAUAAUGAAGGUUAGGAUUUGGUUGUUUACUUUUAAGUAGUUUGGAAUAUAGAUUAUCACUAUACUUCAUUGUAGCAAAAAUUUCUUUAGUAAUCCCAGGUUUGGAGGAUAUUUUAACCUCCUUUUUGGAAAGCCUCUUUUUAGGUACAUGUACCUUACAAACAGAAUCGAUUUGGUCAUAGAAUAGAUCAAACUUGCCAUUAGUCACGAAUUGUCCCCGAACCAUAUAACAAGUCAUGAAUUACUUCAACAAAUUGAACUCAUUCUCGUUUUAAGUUGUUUCCCUAAUUAUAAGUCAAUGAAAACACACAGCCAUGGUUUUUAUGAAAAACCUAAUUACAAGUGGGAUGUGUAAUUGUUCUAGUGCCCUGAUUUUUACAUCUGUGCUAAUUUUACAAGUGGAACGUGUAAUUGUUCUAGUAACAAUUGCCCUUUUUUAAAAAAAUAAAUUUCAAAACUAUAUGAAAGGUGCCAAAAUGCAACCGCUUCCUUGAAAGUGCGUGCAAGUUUAAAAUAAAAAGUCGGCUACAACAGUGGACAUAUAAUACUUGACAUUUCUUUUUGGCCAUCCUUUCCUCUUUGAGCGAUAAUUUAAUCUUUCUCAUUUAGACAUAGUCAUCCAAACACAAUUCACUAUCAAUAAUUGUCAUACACCAACCUUUCAAACACCAAUUAAUCCACAGGGUAGCUGUACACACAUCUAACUUGAUGAGCGCUUGCAUAGACUUUCUACAAAAAAUCAUCCCACAGUGUUCUAGUAAAGGUUACAAUUGUACAAAUACGUGUACCUGCAUAAGUGUGUGUGAAUUUUUCACAUUCAAUAUCGUAUAUUUCUUGUGAUGGCACGAUCAAUUUUUCACAACGUAACCAACCAUGAAUCAACAUUUCUUGUUGAAAUAACCGAUUGCAAUGAGAACAAUUCAUGGAAUUCCAAUGAUGGUACCGUUUAAAAGGGUUAAUCCAACAACAGGAGGAACAGACUUUUCGAGUAGUUACUUCGUGGAAAACAUGCCUAAACAUAAAAAUGGUCAUGCAUUAAAAAGCGAGAUCGAUACAACUCCACUAUCUUAACCGUUUCUUGAAAGUCCCAUGAUUUCCCUUGUAACUUUAUGUCAAUCGUGCAACGUAAAAUUUUAAGCGUAAACAAGGCAAUCAAAAGUAAUGGCCUUCCCUUCUAACCCAAUUGGUCAGGUCGCACACCGUUAAACUUUGAACACAUGAUAAGGAGGCACUAAUAACAAUGAGAACGUAAAAAAUACAGUGAAUUGAGUAAUAACAUUUGUUGCCUAUAAAAGUUAAUAUCCAUGUUUAUGUCAUAAAAAUAGAUGUAUAAAAAAUGGGUGCGCCUAAUUUUUCCAUCCAUGGUAAGUGCAAAAAAUUUCACUGCAAAGCAAUGUUGGCAGCAAUAAACUCCUUUCAAUUUAAUCCAAUCUGUUAAAUGGCACACUUCAGAUUCUUCAAUUUGGGUUAAUACAUCACUACAAUUAGUAAAAACCCAAAAUGAUAUAAGUGCGUCUUAAAAAGUAAUUAUAAUCCAAAGCGGGUUUGUUGUAUAUAAUUCCUUUCUUAAGAGACGAUUGCCCAAUUUUAUGUGGACUAGUCCAUCUAUGGUUAAUUCCAGACUGUUAAUUCUUUGGCAAUGUGGCCAUGAACACAACCUAAUUAAUCCGAAAGAAGAGUCUCCUGAAAAAAUCCAAUGCGUAGGAGGACAAAUAAGUCUAACACUUCAUUCAGGGAAUGCCUUUAAGUCAGAUACAUCAAACAUUCUUUGACUAAAAUGUAGCGCAAAAAAAAGCACGUCCUAGUUCAUAGUUAUAUUCUAGCAGGGGCUUGUUAUAUAAUGUUUGAAGUUUGCUAAAUUCAUUGUGGUUAGCCCAUUCUUUUAUGCACCACACAAUCAAUCAUUUUCUCUAACAAAUUAAUACGUCCACAAUGAAUGCAUACUGGUAGUCGUCUAAACAGUUGAAAUCACGGAAACAAAGUGCUUCUUUCUUGUGAAAUCCAAUCAGUUGAAGGACAAACUGGUCUUUAUACGACAACAGUAAAACAUUGCUUAUAACAAAUUGAUACAUUUUAAACAAGCAGACAUGAAAUAGAGUGUCGUUCAUAUUGCGAUACUUGAAUCAUUUCAUCCAAUUCUUGAAACAUGUCAAAAUUUAAAGUAAGUAGAGACAUAGUGCUACAGGCCAAUUGCAGGGAAUCAAAUCAUGUAGAAUCGAAAACUCAUCCACUGCCAAUCUAAAAACAUUUUUUAAGGGCAAGCGAUUUGCCAAAUGUGCGGUAAUGUUCUUAUGUAAGGUAGCAUACCUGAAUUUCACUCGAUGUUCUUCUUGGAAUUUCUCUCUCAUCUGUGUAUAGUCCAAUGCUUGAAGUUCUUUGGCUAUGGGAUGGUGUGCUGGAAGAUACAUCUCCCCUUGUUUACCAGAUUGGAUCAGGCAGUGUACAAGUAUUUUCUUAAUGUGUGAAGCUGAAACAUCCCUGUUAAAGGUCCAAUGCUUAAAGAGAAAGGGAUGUCUUAUGCACGAUAACUACAGAUAGCCGACUUCAAGGGAUCUGACGGGUGGCUUGACCGUUGGAAAACGAGACAGUAUAACAUUCAAAACUAUUGCUGGGGAGGCCACUUCAUGCACACCUGCGAUGACUGCAUCGUGGGAGCAAACUACCUUGCCAGCUAUUCUGUCAAGCUACAACCUGGCUGACAUUAUAAUGCUGAUGAGUUCGGGCUAUUCUAUCAGGCUCUCCCUGAGAAGUCGCUCCACCUUAAGUCUGAGAAAUGUGUGGGAGGGAACCAUAGUAAAAUUCGGUUGACGGGAAUGGCUGCUGCAAAUUCAUUAGGCAAAAAACUUCCUAUGUUUGUGAUUGGAAAGUUGGCCAAACCCCGGUGUUUCUCUGGAGCGCGGAACAUUCCAUGCAGACAUAGAGCACGCAAAAUAGCUGGAUGGAUAGUGUCCCUUUUUGAGGACUGGAUUAGAGAACUGGACAGCAAGUUUGAAAGAGAAGGCAGAAAAAUUGUGCUUAUUGUGGACGACUUUCCAGCUCACUCACAUGUAAAGGAUCUUAAAGCUAUUGAUUUAGUGUUUCUGCCACCUAGUACCAUCAAAAGCUGUACAAAUGUACACAACUGGAAUUGAUAACAAUAGGUCAAUCCCAAACAUCAGCAUCCUUGUUGCUAUGGAUAUGCUUGUUGUAGCAUUGGACAAAGUUACGCCAGGCACCAUCAAAAACUGCUUCAGAGCAGCCAGGAUCUCACAUCAGUCCCAAGAAAGUGCACUUUCUGAUGACGACGAUCCAUUCAAGAAAUCAAUAACUUAAGGGAACGAGUGCCUGAACUUGCACUGGAGAAUGUAACAUUUGGCAUUGUUGUGGAACGUGAUGAUGAUGAGGCUACUUUUGAAGCUGAUUCCCUAACUGAUGAGGAUAUACUAGCAGAGUUUAACCACUCAGAUGCAAAUGUAGAGAAAGAAGAUGAAAUGGAUAAUGAUGAGAUUGUCAUUGUAGACGAACCGCCAAAACCACCAACACAGUGUGAAUUGCGCCAUGCAAUCAGUGUGCUUAACACAUUCAGCUUUUUUGCUGAUGAUGUGCACCUCGAUAAUCUGCGCAAAAGUACCAGGAACAUUUCUCAAAUCAUAGACCAGAGUUUCUCGGUUGCAAAGAGGCAACAAGUUACUACAAAUUAUUUCAGCUGAAUUGAGCAAGUGCUAUAUACAUACCCUACACGACAUGUGUUCUGUUAUGUUUCGUUUUUGUUUUUUAAGUACAGUAUGUUUUGUUUGUUAAUAAAGGUCAAGAUCUACAUUAAAAAGGACGUAUCUUUGUUAAAAGUUGAACUCUUACUCAUAAUCACACAAUACCCGGCCAAUUAAGCGUAAUUUGAUGCCACUUUCGAUUUCUCGAACCAAUUUGCAUUUCCCCUGGAGGUUCGAGAAAUCAGCAUUCCACUGUAUAUGUUCUUCAAAAAGGCAUAUUGAGUUUAGGUGUAAGUAGUUCCACGUACUUGCCUUAAAGAACAAAGAAUACUCACCCAAAAUGUUUUUCAUAUUCGGUCCGAUAUCCGAUGAACUAAUUAUUGCAAUGUGAAUUGAGAUUUGGCAGAUAAAAAAGUACAAAACUAUAUUAUAAGCUCCAACUGGUAAUAUUUGACAUUUGGCAUUUCACCAGUUCAUGUAUGCUGCCAAUAAUAUCCUACAGUGCCGUAGGAGGUACCCUGACAGUGGAAGACGAUAAUUUUUGUUACCCAGCCUGUGGGCCAUCUGAAAUUUUGUACGUAAUAGUUGUCUUAUCUGAACCUGAUGUAAUACUUGAAGCUCUACAAUAACUCUCAAGGGGUUAUUGGAGAGCUCUCUCUACUCUCUCUCAACUCUCUCUACUCUUCAGGGGCUGGAGAGAAGAGAUUGAUCCUGGGAAUGACAUUAGGGCCAUUUAUAGGAGGAAAAAUCAGAUGCGAACUUUCUGUAUAAAGGGCACAUUUCGUCUAAAAUAAAAUUCUCAGACGUGUAUUAUUUUAGAACAGCCCUUAACACCUGUUCUUAGAUAAUACGUGUCUCAGCGAAGACGAGAAAAACUGUGUAAAUGACCUUCACGUCUUAAAUAAGACAUGAAUGCAAAGUACACAUGCAUUAAUUUUUGGCGGGAAAAUUAUGGCUGGCUACUGGCGGGGAAAAGUUGUUUACAAGUACAAUGUGUAUUCAUUUUCUGGUCUAUUCUGCUUUAUUUUUUCUUUGGUCAAUUACAAUGAGCAUGCCGUUAGAGGCAAAAAGAAACACUUGGUCCCUUGCGUAGGAAAAGGAUUUCUGGUUAUUAUGUAAGGAGAAGGCGAUAGCAGAUCUCCUGGACAAAUGCGUGACAUCUGCUGGUGCAAGUAGACCCUUUUAACUUUAAACUAUCACAAUCGAUUACUAAUUGAUUUACUAAUCAAAUUGCUAUCUUCGUAUUAUAAACUUACACUGUGAAAGUAAGUUUAAGUAUACAGAAGACUUAUGUCAAUGCUCUUUUUCAGAAUGAAGACGUUUAUGGCCAUAUUAGAGAGGGGCUGAAAGAGAAGGGAUAUGAGGAUCGUGGUAGUGAGAAACUACGGACACAAUACUGUAAACUGAAAAUGAAGUUCGAGUAAGCUUGAGUUUUUAUUAUUGCUUUAGUUGCUUUUUCCUAAUGCUACACAGUACAUGGAAGUUUUGGUACAGGCCGAAAAUUUUAUAUGUAGCCUUAGUUGUCAGCAAUCAUCCCUUCAAAAAUUUGAAGACUCUGAUUCCUAGAUAGAAAAAAAAUAAUUGAGUAAGAAGAGAGGGCAGGAUUGCAAUCUGUGGAGUUUCGAGAAAGGAAUUCUUAAGGCUACUGCAUGAAUUUAAAGGUCAUUUAACAUUUUUGUGCAUGCUUACACCUAUUAAAAUGAUGUAUUAUAAUUAAAUCAGAUGGUGCGGAGAGGGAGGGGUUCAAUGUGGAAACUAUUUAUGAGGGGGUUUAACUUUAUAAUAAAAUAAACAUAAUUGCGAAACAUAUUUAAUAAAAUUGUAUAUUUGUUAUAGGUAUAUACUAAAACAGUGGAUAGUGCUUUUCGUGCGCUGUGAUUGGCUACUUCAUCAGUGAAUAUCCUGCACUAUGCACUGAUUCACCUCCAGUUCCUCCGAGCAAGCGACGCCAAACUCGUGUAAGUUGCGUGCAAAAUGCCUUCCCGGUUAGCUGCUGCAACAAACACAGAAAUUUCACAGCUAAUCAAGCAAGCUGUUGAAUUUAUCAUUAAAACUGGUGAAAAAGUUUUUUGUCUACAACUGCAAAUUAAGCUUAAGUCUUGCAUUAAUCUAUUAAGUUGACGUGUUCAUAAAAAAGCUUAAAACUAAAUUUAGUAAUCUGUUUUAGAGUAAUUUUAAAUACAAACAGAAUUCACAACUCCUUUUGAAGAAAUUUUCCUGUAAGAGCUAAACAAAUACCUUCAAAUGUUUCAUUUGUGGGCAAGAAAAAGUGACGACCACGGCCGUUUGGUCAUUGCGCGCCAAAAUUGUAAUCGUUGGCAACAGUAAAUGAGAUAAAAAUCAUCAUUUUUGUGCUAAAUUUAUCUCACUGUUUUAGUAUAUACUGAAAAAUAUAUACUGAAAAAACAAAUUAUUAUUCACCUCGGUGUCAGUGGCUAGUGGUGGGUAUUUACCUCGCCGCUGCGCGUCCUCAGUAAAUUUCCACCACUAGCCACCUCCACUUUGGUGAAUAAUUAUCUCUUUAUAAGUGAUGUAAAGGAUCGCAUCCUAACCACCACCCAGAAAGAUUGGAUUUUGUACAAGAUACGCGGCAGUCAUUCUCAAUAAUUUAUGCAAGGGAAAAGGAAUUCAUUUUUUGGCGGACACAACUCAUUUGCCCCCAGGUUGUCCGUCUCUUCUCGCCCCGUUAAGCCCUGUUUACAAGGAGGGAGGAUAAAGGGUUACCCUAGCACUCACACAUUUCUUUUUUCUCCGAUGUGUUUACAAGGGUAGGUAGGGUUACCCUAGCACUAGGGUAACCCUACCUGCCUCACAAACACUCUGCUAGGGAUAACUCACCUACCCACAACAACUUUUGUCCUUCAUGUGUGACCAGUAGCCUUGGCUAUUUGAACGGAAUUAUCUAUAAUCUAAAAUCCAACCUGUCGACCGCAUUUUUUUUUGCAAGUUAAAAGAACAUUUCUUGUACGCCAUGUACACCAAAAACUAGCUUUCCUAAUGCACCUAUAAUUGCAAAUGUAUGAAUUCAAAGUAUACCCAAGUAAUUUAAGGCGCCACAAAGAAGGCACAAAUAACAGAGCAAAAUUCAGCUACGUUCAUGUUAACUUGAUUUUCCAAGCCUUCGCUAGAAUCAGGAAAAGAAGGUAAACAAACCAAUAAAUACUGGGAAAAUUUCAUUUGUAUUGUAACCUUUUUUUUGCGAAAAUUAUACCACAAAGUAAAAUUGGCCUGACCAGGAACUGGCCGGACCAAGGACAACAUACUGUAUACCAGGCUGAAUAUUCUGAUUUUUCUGCCGAUUUUAGCCUGAAAAUAUUCUUCCAUUAUUCUUGAUUUAUGAUGACAUUUCCGUUUACAAUGUAUUGAAUGUAUCACUGAACAUUUGGUUAUAGUUACUACAGGUUUUUUCGUUUGUUCGCUUUUUCUGCUUUUUAGAAAAAGGGAUAGUUUUAUAUCGGCAAGUUAGAGACAUAAUUGUAUUGUAUUAUUUACAUCUAUCACCGCAGAAAGUUCAAUUUUCAUUUUCAUUUAUUCGGGAAACCACUUCAAGCAGAGAUAACAUAAAAAUCCGUUUUUUGCAGCUUUUUUUACAGACAUUUAAAAAGCCAGGUACCUGUCAACCUGUACUUAUUAUUUACAAGUUAGGUUCCAAGCUCACAAAGCCAGAAGGCAGCUUGUCACAGUAGACUGGAACUACCCCUUUCUGUCAGUGAGAAUGGCGGAGCAAGCCACACAAGGAAGUACAAUCAAAGAACCAUAG